AUGGCUGAAGAAACUGACCAACAAAAAGAGGAGGAUGAAAACAAAAGAAUUCUCCACGAUGCGAUGGCUAUCAGUCGUGAAAAAGUAGUGAUCUUAAAUGCAGAACCGUCCAGCGGAGCAUUUGUGAUAUGGUUUAUGAUAUCUAGUUAUUUUCCAGUGGUCACAGCAUGUCUGGGACCCAUCGCAAACAUGAUUGCCGUCGCUGGAAUAGUUGACAAAUGGCGGAUGCAUACAGAUGGCACCAUGGUGGAAGAUGCCAAAGGUGUUUAUGGUGUUAAUGUGGCGUCUUUGGUGCUUGGAUGUAUUUCGAAUUUUGUUUUGCUCCUGCAUUUUGCCAAGAAAGUCAGCUACAUCACCGCUCAGGUUAUCAAUAUUGUGGGGUGGACAAUGGCCGGUCUGAUGUUACUGGUUGAUAUAAUAGUCUGUGCAAAAGUCGAUUUCGCCCAAGAACUGCACAAGACGAUAGGGUUUUGGUAUGCCGUACUCUCAAUGAUUCUCUAUAUUGGUUGUACAUUGCUACUGUUGAUACAUUAUGGGGGUUACAAAAGGGGAAGAUAUCCAGCAACUUUCAAUCUGACCGAUAGCGAGCGCAACGUCAUGAUUUUCACAUUCAUUCUCUCUAUCUGGUUCAUCUGGGGAGCUGCCAUGUUCUCAAACAUCAUACCUUUGACAUAUGGCAAUGCUCUUUAUUACUGCGUGGUUGUUAUCUUGACCAUCGGCCUCGGUGACUUGCUACCUGUGACCACCGCUGCCAAAAUCAUGACCUUGGUUUACGCUCUAUCUGGUCUUAUAAUUUUAGGUGUCAUUGUCACACUAACAAGAUCUGUUAUUCAGAGUUCGUCCGGUCCCAUUUUUGUCUUUUACCGGGUAGAAAAUGCCCGUAACAAAGUCUACGAAGAGCUUAUUGCUAACAGCGGUGAUAUGGAAUCUGAAGAAGCAUUUAGCCUUAUCAAACACAUCCGAAAGGUUUCUAGGUUGAGGCAGCAGCAAUCUAGUACGAUUGCUACGGUGUUUGUCUUCGUUUUGUUUUGGUUAUUAGGAGCGCUUGUGUUCCGUUUCACUGAAAAUUGGUCAUAUUUUAAUGCUCUCUACUUUUGCUUCCUGUGCCUAAUUACUAUAGGUUUUGGGGAUUUUGCACCGGUAAGUGGAGCUGGGAGAGCUUUCUUUGUUGUCUGGGCCAUUUGUGCCGUACCUCUGAUGACCGCCAUCAUAAGCACACUGGGUGAAACAAUAUACGCCAUGGCAGAGGAACUUGAUAUUAGCAUUGUUCGAUUUUUCAAUCCUAUCGUCAACUGCCCCGCGAAAUUUUGGUCAAUGUUGCAGCACUAUCUAUCUCCCAUUAAAGGUCAAGGGACGCCAUCACAAGAAUCAAACCCCAUUGGAGAGUUCGUUUCAAAUACUACAGAACCUGAAAGUUCCACGAAAAAUGAAAGCAAUAAACGAAUUUCUACUUCUUCGAAUUCGGCCUCUUCUGGUGAAGAUCUCAUUGUUGAGAAACUCAAAGAAUACCUAGAAGUUGUACAAUGGCUCCGAGAGCUAUCACGCAGACAGCCGACGGAGAAAAUGACUUUUGACGAGUGGGUACGGAUGUACAGUGCUAUUAGUGACACUACUGGUAAGUUAUUGGAUGAUCCCAAGUUUUGGCUUUCUGCUGAUUCUCCGUUGCGGUUUCCAGUCCAUGAACCGCAGUACAUCAUGCAGACACUGCUCAACAAACUCGAGACUGAUCUAGCCCAACUGUUGGAAACACAUUCCGAGCAGACAAAGACAAGGACAUGA